CAACGGACAGCUUAAUUCGAGUCACGUGUCCAUCGCCAUCCAACCAAUCAAAGCAAUCUGCUGUGUUUAUGUCACUACUAUAUUGUUCUGCAACGCCCUAAUUCCAAUUUCUACGAGAUUCCAAUAUUUAGCAAUAUCCAAUAAUGUGGAUUUUUGGUGUGUUAUUAUGGUGUCACUUCUUCGUAUGUGGUAUUAAGGCUGAACGAGAUAUCUGCUUGGAAAAUCCGAUAAUAUUAUGCCAAGGAGAUGAUUCCCUUCUCAGAUUUUUAUUCCUAGAAAGAUUUCCAACUGAAAGGGAAAUUAAGGAAAUGUGUCCAUCAGCUGUUGUGUAUAUAAAUUGUCUAAAAGAAUACAAAGAAAAUUGUGGAUCAUUAGAAGGAACUGCACUUCCUUCGGCAGAAACAUUUGUCAAAAUGCAAAAUGUCAUUAGUGAGAUUUGUAAUGAAAAUUCCCUUUUAUACGAAGCUUACGUCACUAAUGGGGACUGUCUGGUUGCUUUGAAUGAUAAGCUAUCCACUUGUGAAGACAAAGCUCGAUCGGUAUUUGUUGCUUACGAGGAAUUCCAAUCUAAAGCAGUGAGAGAGAGAGACGAUCCUUACAAAGGAAACAAUGGACUUUGUGUGACAAAAUUCUACACUAUUUAUUGUUUGUCUCUACAUGUUCAAGCGAAUUGUAGUCAAGAGGCGCAUGAUGGGUUUAAAGAGCUGACUCGUCGUUUGGAUCCUACACAAACCUUUUGCAGUUUCCUGGAUAUCUAUGAUCUUCAAACAAGAUUUGCCCAGUUUUUACAACAAAGAAAGGAUAAUGAAACAGUUUUACAAGUUACGUAAAUGUUUAAGCUCACGCUGAAAAAAGAAAAGAAAUGGAUAAAAAUACUGA